UAGCCGCUCUCGCUGCCGACGUGACACUCACGUGAGUGUCACAAGCGUGCCACGGCUUGCACGGCUUGUAGCUUCGACGGUCCUGAUCUUGGACCACGACUUGUCUUUCUUUCUUUCAAAGGCUCUGGCCUUUCUUUUACAUCCACCAUGGCAAAUGUUCUCCAAUCACCCAUUGGUUUCCAACCUAGACCAGUCAACCACGCCCCCUCUCCUUUUGGUUUCGGAUUUGGUUUGAGUUCACCAUCUUCCGCCAUGUUCUCACCUGGCUGGCAGCAGGCAGCGCCGACAGCCAACCAGUUUUCUCCAUUCCAAAACCACAAUUCAAAUCAUCCGCAGUCAGUGCCACUUCGUUCGGCAAAGAGGAGACAUGAGCCGGAGGAAGCGUCGGACGAGUCGAUGGAACAGAGCCCUGGACCUGAGCGGCGGAUAAAACGUGCUCCACCAAAGAGGGCACGGGUUACUCCAGCUGAAGGGCCGAAAGAUGAGAAGAAUGCGAAGGAAAACAAGGCGCCAAGUCAGGAAGAUAAUGAUGUUGACCUUGGUGUCUUAUUAGCUAGCCUUCCCCCUCAAUCCCUUCUUCCUCUACUUAACUCCCUUAUCAAGGCCCAGCCUACACUCAAAUCAAUCAUCCUCCCGCUCAUUCCUCGUCCAACUGUUGAAGUUGCCCUCCAUGCUCUAUCUGAUUCCGCCAAAAAGCUCAAGGAGGCAUAUCCCUAUUCCAAUAACACUUCCUUCUCUGCCUUGACUUUUGGUGCCGGAUCCUCCGCUAACAAGGUCAGCGUAUUCGGAGGCAGCGGGGCUACUUUUGGGAAGUCGGUGUUCGGCCAUAGUCAGCACGGUCAAGGUCCGACAAGCUUUCCACCAUCAAGCGGCGGCGGCAUGCGUGAUGACUAUAUCGUCUCCAGAUUGCGCCCCCACAUUACGGAAUUUGCUGCCGCCUGUAUGUCUUACUUGCCCUAUUUUUCGUACAUACCAGCACUCGCGGAGACAUCUAAUGGACCACAUUCCACGACAUUGCGAGCCCUACAUAAAGAUAAAUCGCAGCCAGCCGAGACAUUCUUGUUUCUUUCCGCUCUCACCACCCAUCUCUUGUCGCAGCCACCCCUGGCGCUGGCGUCACUAGUUCCUCUACUCCUGGAUCGGCUGAUAAAGGAGUGGAAUGCAUGGGUAGACCGGGUGGACGCUGUUGUCAAUCGAGAAGGUGGAAUGUUUGGUAGUGAGACUGUGACGACAUGGGCACGAAGCUUAGAUGAAUUUGCUGGCAGCAAGGACGAACGGUGUGCAGCAGCCAUGCGGUCUGUACGGGACACAUGGGUGACAAAGGUUGGAUGGCUGGUGGGUAGAACGAUGCAGCAUGCCAUGGAGACGUAAUUUACGAUGGAUGACCCUUUCCUUGACUUUAUCAUUCUCCUCUUACUGUAUACCUUUCACACUUCUCGCUCAUGGUCACUUAUAGCAUACGUACUUACUCACGAAGUCAGCACCAUUUCACACCAGGUCCGAUAAAUCCG